GUGACGUGGUACGCCGGGCUCCUCAUCUGACGUGUAAGCGGCGAAGUUCGAGUCGCGAAGCAUUCGAAACAGGAGGGGAACAACACAGUUUCGCUCGGUUUUUCGGAAAGGAUGUUGCACGCUACGGUGUUCACGUUUUGCCUCGUAUCGGUGUUGGCUCAAAGUCCUCCGCCAGGCAAUGUCGAUCCCACGAAGCAGGAGCAUUCCCACGAAGUACCCCAGUACUAUCAGCAGCCAGAUCCGAAGAGGGUGAAGGAAGCUCUCAGCGACCUCUUCGGAAAGCUCGACACCAACAAGGAUAACUAUCUCGACGCUGCUGAAAUGAAGGCUUGGCUCAAGGUCGUGCACGGAUCCAUGAUCAAUGACAACAUCGAUCGUCAAUGGGAGUAUUUCGCUGAUAAACUCAAAGACGGAUCUUUGCCUUGGGAAGAAUAUCGUAAAGUGACGUUCAGCGAUGAUGGCGAGACCGCCUCGGCGACCGAGGAAGAGAAGAAGCAUCUGAAGGAUCAACUCGCCAGAACAGAGAGGCGCUGGGCUCACGCAGACGACAACGGUGACGGUCUGCUCACCAAGGACGAGUUCAGAGCCUUCUUGCAUCCAGAAGAAGAUCCUGCCAAGAACGAUAUCGUCGUAACCGAAGCGAUCGAGAUGAUGGACACGGACGGUGAUAAAAUUAUCGCCCUCAGCGAGUACAUGGACCAUCUGAAGAGCGUAGCGGGUCCCGAGAAAAACGACGACGGCUGGCUCAAAGAGCAACAGGCUCAUUUCACGACGUAUCUCGAUAAGAACAAGGACGGCAGCCUCGAUAGGGAUGAAAUGAAGGAAUGGGUCAUUCCUAACUUCGAUCGCGAGGAGGGCGAGGCUUGGCGGUUCAUUUCUUUCGCCGACCAGGACCGCGACACGAAACUCACUCGGACGGACAUUCUUCAGAAUCCAGACCAAUUUUUAGGACUACUACCGGGAGAGUUCUGGGCAGAAAACGCUGCUCCCCACGACGGACGUGAUCUCAAGCAUAACGAACUCUGAACCAUCCCAAAUCGAUAUUUUUUAAAAUAAAUGUGAUAGAGCCGGACAUCCGGCA